ACAGAAUUUACUUGUUUGUUGAGUUAGUAAUUUGCAUAUACGACAGAUAACAGGUGAAACUCUCGUUUGGGAGUAAAAAAUCCUUUCGACUUGAUCUUACAUUGGGUUACAGAGAGAGAGACGAGCCAAAACAACUAUCGUAGAGCUAAGAGAUUGAUUACACACCAUGUCGAAUACUGUGGAACCUGGAUUGGCGAAGUCGACAGGAAUUAUCAGUGUCGCAGCCGGUGUAUGUGGCUUUGGAAAUUGUAUCUGUGGAUUUAUUUGGCUUGGAUACAACGGCUAUGGAGGCCAUGGUCUGUGGUCAGGCUUUGGCGUAAGUUUAAGUUAUAAUUUUUCUUAUUCUUCAAUAUUGUGUUCUGUUGGCAACGUUGGUAUCAGCAAGACUAAAUAAAAUCACAGCGAGUACGUGCACAAAUACAAGGUCUAAGAAAUUUUAUCGCCUCCAUUUUAUGCCAACCCGUCAAGCUAUUGUUGAAAGAUGUAACGAAAAAAAUGUUCCUCUCAGCAGACGAAGUUUGCGAAAUAUACUUUGAACGACAUUUUAAUUCACGUUCGCGUGAAACUUGACUUUGUAUUCUCUUCAACAAAGCCCGAAAAUAAAUACGAACUUCUCAACCAUUCAACUUUGAAUAACAAUUCAUUUUUACUGGCACGCGGCUGAGCCUGUAUUCAAUCUAAUCUAUUUUCAGCUUUUCAUCCCUUAGAAUCCAAGACGCUUAUGUACAACGAAGUCAUCACUUAAGUCCGGCAAAAUUCAGUUCGCAAUGGAGAAAUAUAUCGCCUCCAUUUCGUACUCCUAGCGCAAAAGUGCGGAUGCAACAAUUAAUUCAGCCUGUACAUAAUUCAAGCGUCGAUGACACGUUUAUAGAUAAACACUGACAAAAGUGAUUGAGACCUCCAUAAAUUUCCCAGACGUGCACAUAUGAUUUUCGGGGCAUCAAGGCAUUCUAAAAGGGGUAAUUUAUAUUGCUCGGUCGGUCAAUUUUCAGACUGGGAGGGUAAAGCGAACUUGCGUAAAAGGACAGCUUUGUAAACAAUCGUUUAAUCUAUAGUAUAUCAAAAAUAUUUUUUCAAGUUAACUCAUAUUUGACAAAAUUUCAUCCUCGCGAGAGAUGAAAUGCAUCCUCUGAGAAGAUUCGGAGGGUUUACGUCAUCAGGCAGAGAAUGCCGCCGUUCAACGCCCUAUUCCAGAUUUGGCACGCUACCAAAAUGUUUUUAAUGUAUUCAUUGCAUGGAUACGUUCUCUUACUCGUUUGUACAGGUGACAUAACACUCUCUCAUUACUGACAUUACUACGUACAUGAACAAAAUGACGAGGUCUCUACCGGCAAGUUAACCCUUUAACUCCUACAUCAAAUUUGUCAUUCUCCUUACUGUCAACCAUACAUUUCUUAUAAUGUUAGCUCAGAGAAUAUAGUAUUUGAUCGACUAAUCCACAAAUUGAUAUUUUUCUUUAUUUUCAUCACUUAUCUGGUUGAUAUUUUAUUGAUAUUGUAAGGAGAAAUUCUGUCUUGGUCUCUCAUGGGAGUUAAUAAUAAUAAGGUUAAUAAUUUACAUCAAGAUAUCAAUUCUAACGUAGACGUCCCGUUUUGAAUUAAACCAAGUUUGUUUUUAUCAUCCGACACUUCGCUCGAUUUUCAUGUGCUGGUUUCAUGCGCAGAAAUAAGUGAGAGAACUUGAGUAGAAAAAACAGAAUUAAAUAUAACUACUGAUUCUCACUCUAAAAAUAGCAUCCAUGUAUUCUUAAUACUGUUCUAUGUACAUUUCCGCUGGUGCCAGUCAGGACAUGAGGAGCUCGUUUAGCAAUCGCUGAGUAGAUCUUCUUUUGAAAUUGUCGACCAUUUCCUUUAUUCUCAUGACCCUGAUGUUUGAUUCAAGGAUGCUAGUGCAAGGACAAAUGACUUGCUAACUUCCAUAAGGGUUUACAGGGCUUAUGGAACGAAAUCACGAAUGACAACCUCCCCAGUAAUACGAGUUCCCCAAGGGUGGGGGGAUGUUUCAGUUCGAUCUUCCUUAGCAGGACAGUGAGGGGAUUACAUGGCUAAUACACCUUAGAGGAUAGGAUAAAGGAUAAAGACGAUGAAGGAGAAUUGACAAAUUAAAGCGAAGUUUGACUUCAGAAGAGCGCGACGUUUGACUUCAGAAGGGCGCUCAUUGUUCAUUUGCCUUUUUUUACAGUUACUCUUGGCCGCUGCAAUGGGAUUGUUCAUAUGGCGAUAUAGAAACAAGGGUAUCGUAAGUGUCAUUAAUGUUUUUAUUUUCGUAAUAUGUAACAGAAGAUUGUUUACACUUUAUCAAAUACGAUGACUGUUUCUUGUUUCUUUGAUCUGUAUGACUGCUAGACUACAAGAGAGAAGAAUGAUACCGAAUAAAAAAAAAUUUCUUACUUUUCCAGUUUCAUCAACAUACAUUUAAUACUAGUAGUAAUCGGAGAUUAGGGGAGUGCGUUCGGCAUUUCAAAGGGGAAAUAUUGUUUUUUGGUUAUUGGGAUAGAUGAAUAUGCCUAUGGUAUGUUGUCAAAUAAAGGGUUAUGGCGUAUUGUGAAACCUGUAUUUACUCUGCGUACGAAAAGGUUUUAAAGGCUACAUCCUUUGCGCAACGAAAUUGUGACGUCAUUCAAAAUGGCGCUGAAAAGAUGAACGGCCGGCCGAUCGAACGAAAAAACACGGGUCAGCUUUCGCUUGCGUGCACAGGACACCUACGCGAUCACAGGUAGCCCAGGAGAUUAGGAAGCGUUCUUCCUUCGUCGAACGCAAUCAAUUAAAUUAUUUUCAGUAGAAGUGUAGAAAUCGAUACAAACUACACAAACAGCAGUUUUGAAAGUAAUCAAUGUAAGCCCAAAUAAAAAAAUUUUGAAAAGUAGCUUGAAUGUCGACUUACAUUGUUACAAGAAUUACUCUCUUUCUUUAUUCAAAUUUAAUGUAUCUCUUUAUUGUCGUCGAGAUCCUUAAAGUUGUCCACAUAGGCCUCUGUUCUUUUGACGUUUCGCUUUGCAUCCCGGCUGUGCUUAUUUGGUUUCCAGUAAAGGUUUUUGCCAUUUGGAGCAUUAGGACCGCCCUAGAACGCCACAUCACUGUCUAACAAAUUUAGCCGUUUUUUUAACAAAACUGCGUUCUAAACUAUCUUGAAUUUAGCUGAAUCUUUAACUGAACCGGUAUUAAUUUUUGUGAACAUUGGCAGGAGGACCGAAAGCUAGAAGUGCAAGGACAUUUAUUUACUGAAACAACGCUCUUAUAGAAAAUACGUAAGGUCCACUAUUCGUGUAAAACCGCGGUUUGGGGCAGACCUCGUGUAAAUAAUCGGCCCUGAGUGUUGAAGUAAAGGCAAAAUUUGAUCAUAGGAUCAUAGGAUCAACUUAAAAAAGAUGAAUUGAUCCACUACAAAGAAACAAAAAACAUGCUGAUUUUGUCUUUUGUUCUACAAACUGUUUGAGUCGUGUUCAACUCAACAGUUAGCACAUCAAACUGUUUCAACAGGCAGAAAGCGAAACAUUGUAGAAUUAUUUCGAAGCCUACGAAUGCUCUAGUAUCAGCACGAACCAGCGCUCCUCUCCUCUUCACCAUUUGAUAUUAAAAAUGUUAGAAAGCCAAGGCAAAAAACAGGGGAGAAAUAUCACGUACUCAUCCAUGCACUUUCAGUAAUUUUGUUACUUUGUUGUUGUUAUUUUUUUUAAGGACUGUCUGUUGUUUUCUUUGCAGAUGGUAGCUUUCCUUGUGACGUGUAUAAUCUUGGUGAUUAUUGUGGGGAUCCAGACCAUUAUUGCCGCCUUGGCAUAUAUUUUAUGGCGUCUGUUCAGGAACGCUACAGACUGUUAUACCUUUGCUGGAAGAUGUCACUGUCGAGCCACCGACGGACAAAGGAUUCCCAUGGAUCGUAAGUACCGCACAAUUCAGUACUUAACAACAGUUAAGGACGCUCAAGGACGUUCUCGAAUGCGGAAAGCUUAACUCUAUCAGCGGCCUCUUCGUAAGAAUCCUUGACGUGCGGGUGACAUUUUUGCGAGGCAAGCGCGAGGUGAGACACGCGCGACAGGAGCUCUUUCCUCGCGAAUCUCACCCCUCACGCUCGCUUCGCGAUGUUCUCCCUUCCGCUGAAAAACAAAAAUUGACGCACAUUCUAUAAGUUAGAAAAGACUUCCUUAUAAAGUCUUACACUCUUACACUACUUCUUAGUAGCACCGCGUAUGUAAUUAAACUGUGGUACAUGCAGUCAAGUUAAGGACCCUGUUUGAAGCUUCCGAUCAAGAAGUACACUCUAUUCAGGAUGAUAAACAGCAAAAUGCAAUUAAACAUGACGAGAAUGUUCUCCUGGGGGAGGAGGGGGGAUAUGGACAGUGGGACAGUGUCAAAUUAUUUGAAAAAGAAACGUAAGACUGGGGUACACUUCAGAGUAACAAAAGAGUUAAUGCAGAUCCCUUGUUUGCCAAAAAUUAUACGUGAAAUUCAUUUAUUGGUUGAUUUCUUUGGUUGAGGCAAUUAUUUAGUAUACAUUUCUAUAAAAUUAAGCCCAGCAGAACCUCCGACCUGAUCACUAGCCUUUAAAAGACUGUAACUGUUUCAUAGAGACUUACUAGACCCUUUGCUAGUAAUUUUCGCUGCUGUCUUUUGUCAGUGGAAACAUGUGACGUGAUCACCGCCAUCGACAGCCUCUUCCUGUCAAUGACAAUUUUUUCCGCCUUUGGUACCGUCAUCUCACUUGCUGGCUCUGUUCUGGGAUGUAUGGGAACAUGUUGCGCAAGAACUCAGGUAGUAAAGUUUGAUCGUUAUAUUUUUUUAUCUUUAAUCAUUUUCUCUUGCUCAGUAAUUUCAUUCCCCGCUGACUUAGCCUGCGAACUACCCUCAUCAUUAGCACUACAGGACAAGUUUCUUCACUCACGAGAAAUCGUGUGCCGCGGUGAGGGUUCUGCAAGGGAUCGUACAAUGAAAAUGUCAGGCUCCUGGCAAACCUUUACCUGUCUCGUCUCUCGUGCGGAAAACGCGCGUCCUGCAGACUACAAGUGACUUUGGACGUUUGUGCAUCAAAAGAAUUGCGGCCGCACCGCAUGCACCCGUGAAUACAAGCCAUGGCAAUUUGAGGGAUCGUGAAAAGAAUGAAAGGGUUAAGUUUCUAAGGAAACUGUGGUGCUGCGUUGGUGGGGAAGCAUAGCAAAAUAAUCUGGUUCUAUUAAAUGAGUUGAUAAUGUAAAUUAGCCACUGUAAAGAGUUUCAAAGCUGACAUUUCGGGCGUUGGCCCUUCGUAAGAGCAAAUGAGCGAAUACUAUUAAUCAGUUUACUUCAUGCUUUAAUGACUGUUUUUGUUAGUAAUGGUUUAAUGGAGUUCUUAUCUCAUGAGCAUCUCCGUUGAAACUACAAUGUCCAGUUCCCUAUUUCAUUUCUAUUUAUUAUAGCAGCCAGGAGCAGUCGUUGUAGUCCAGCAGCCAUCCGGUACCCAGUCUACUGUGGUCUACACUGCCCCUCAGUACACUGGAGAGGGCUACCCAGUCCAGUACCCUAUGGCUCAACCUGGACAAUAUCCUGCACAGAAUGCUGCAGCCCCAAUGGGCCACUAUCCUCCACCCCAGUACUCUGCCACUGCACCAGGUGGAGUACAGCAUGGAGCUGAGGCAAUACCACCCAAAGCAUAGUGGGACAUUUGAAGUCUAAGCCAGUGUCUGGAAAGGACAGUACCUUUUGCUUUUGCCAUAAACGUAUGGCAUUCAUUUGUAGAACAAUAGAACAAGUUUCCAACAAAACAAGACAUAAAUACUUUUCCUUUAGAAAUGUGAUGUUUGAAGAUUUACGCCAAUUUUGUGCACACAGGUUCAUUUGGAUGAGAUCAUUCCAUUUGUUACAUUUUUUCUAGAUAAAAAUUUCCUAAAAAGUAUCUGUGUACUAAAUUUAAGGAGAAAAUUUACCAUGUCAAUGGCUUCACCGUUGAAAUAACAAAAGGCUUCUCUUGUCCAAGUUUCAUCAAGAACUUCUCAAACCGCAAUCAAACUAUGCUAAUAUCCAACCUACUUUCCUUUUUAACCUUUUGCUGCAAACCUUUUGAAGAAUUAGAACUAUAUGUUAUGCUGUUUGUAGUUAAAACAUAUUGGAUAUAGUUUGUCAUAAAAACACUUUGAAAAUAGCUGUUGAUUGUAAUUAGAUAUUAUAACAAAUUGUCUUGUCUACC